UCUCCUCCCCGCUUCCCUUCCCUCCCCUCCCCUCCGCUUCUCUCCUCCUUUCUGCUCACCCGGCUCGUCCCUCCUCCUUGCCGGUGCUGGCGGCGGCUCCUCCUCCCGCGUGUGACCCGGUGCCGCAUGUGAACGGGGAGGAGCAGGGACCGCGCGGUGUGGAUCCCACUGUGGCGGAGGCAGGAGGCGGAGCGGGAGCCGGCGUGCGGUGUCUCCCCGCAGCCUCAUCGCUGGGCCCCGCCGGCGCUCCCCAUGCCCGUGUGGUGCUGCCGCUGCUCCCUGGCCGGUCACUUCAGAACUUACAGCGGCACUGAAACCGAAGGACAGCUUCUGAAUUCCUUUGUUCAGUACUUUGGUGACAGCCUUGGGAGGAAGAUUAAAAGAAUGCCUUUAAUUGAAGAAACCGUUCUGCCUGGGGACUCCCUUCUUACCCUGCCUGUAGUAAUAAUAGGAAAUGGACCUUCAGGAAUUUGCCUUUCUUACCUGCUCUCUGGAUACAGGCCAUAUUUGUCUCCUGAAGCUAUACACCCAAACCCCAUUCUACAUACAAAAUUAGAAGAAGCUCGACAUCUUUCCAUUGUUGACCAAGAUCUGGAGUACCUGUCAGAAGGCCUGGAAGGACGCUCCUCAAACCCAGUUGCAGUGCUUUUUGAUACCUUGCUUCACCCGGAUGCUGACUUUGGCUAUGACUACCCGCCUGUUCUGCACUGGAAGUUAGAGCAACAUAAUUAUAUUCCCCACAUAGUGCUUGGAAAAGGACCACCUGGCGGGGCUUGGCAUUCCAUGGAGGGCUCUAUGCUAACCAUCAGUUUUGGAGACUGGAUGGAAUUGCCUGGCCUCAGCUUCAAGGAGUGGGCAGCUAGCAAACGCAGAAAUAUAAAGAGUGAUCGAGUAAUGCCAGAGGAAAUAGCUUGUUAUUAUAAACACUAUGUUAAAGUCAUGGGCCUCCAAAAGAAUUUCAGAGACAAUGUUUACAUAACAUCAGUGUCCAGGCUUUACCGAGAAAAGGAUGAUGAAGGUAGAAGUCACCAAAAUGAAGAUAUUUCCACACAGCAUUUGGAAGUGGAAGAUGGACAGAAAUCACUUAUUAAGAGAAACUGGGAAGUCAGAGGUUAUCAGCGAGCAGCAGACGGCUCUCAUGUGCCCUUCUGCCUCUUUGCUGAGAAUGUGGCUCUUGCAACUGGAACCUUUGAUUCUCCUGGCCGACUGCAAGUUGAAGGAGAAGACUUUCCUUUUGUCCUCCAUUCCAUGUCUGACUUCGGAGCUGCAAUCAGCAAAGGAAAGUUACGUGGGAAGGCAGACCCUGUGUUGAUUGUGGGUGCUGGACUGACAGCAGCUGAUGCAGUACUAUGUGCCUAUAACAACAACAUCCCGGUAGUCCAUGUGUUUCGUAGAAGAGUUACCGACACAAGCCUAAUUUUCAAACAGUUACCUAAAAAGCUUUACCCUGAGUACCAUAAGGUCUAUCACAUGAUGUGUACUCAGUCUCAUACCGUGGACUCUAACCAACGUUCUGCUUACACCAGUUUCCCUGAACACAAGGUACUUUCCUUCAAGCCUGAGAUGAAAUGUGUUCUUCAGAGUGCCUCCGGACUGAAGAAAAUUUUGAAGUUUUCUGUAGCAUUAGUUCUGAUAGGUUCUCACCCAAAUCUUUUCUUUUUAAAGGACCAAGGACAUAGCAUAGGUCAUCACUCUAAUCAGCCCAUCACGUGCAAGGGGAAUCCUAUAGAGAUUGAUCCAUACACUUACGAAUGCACUAAAGAAGCCAACCUCUUUGCUUUAGGGCCUCUGGUGGGAGACAACUUCGUACGGUUUUUAAAAGGAGGUGCACUGGGCAUUGCACGAUGCUUGGCAAUAAGACAAAAGAAGAAACAUGAAUUGAUUGAAAGUGGGGAUGGGGGAGGUGAGGGGGUACCAUAAAUGAGACAUUAGACAUUCUCACAUCCGGGAUUACAGAUGUAGUCUUAACAUAAAACUCACUGGCAGCAAAAGUUGAUAGCAGUCACAUUUCUGUUGUGUACAAGUAACCUGCGCUUGUAUUGCUUGGUAAAGGAUGCUGAUAUUACAAUACUUCACUCUUUAAAAAUACAAAAAAAUUGAUCUGCUAUUUCAACUGAUCUCAACUGGAAUUGCUUCCAGAUAAACAGAAAAUGAGACUAACUUAUCUUGGCCUGCCUGUCUGUCAUCUCUUGCUCAGCUAUAAGAGCAGACUUUGUCUGUGAAAGGCAAUGCCUACCAGAGUGGUUUUACGUUUUAGUGUCAAAUGUGACAAGAAUACUCUUACCAUGAAAUUGAAAUAACUUCUAAAAGCAGAAAGCUUCUUUGGUACAAAGUGAUUCUUUGUCCCAAAGCAAAUUUGGAGCCUUCUGCUUGAAACAAGGAUUUUAUUUAUAUGCCACAGUAAUACUUGGAAUGAGCACUUAGAAAAAUGGUUUCUAUAAGAAGGACUUCUGUAAGCAAGAAGUAUUCCUCAACGGUUUUAAAUUAUCCUGGUAAUCGGAAUAAAAGAAUAAGCAUUCCCAUUUAAUCUUUAACGUUUUGACACAAUCCAUUAAUGUUUCUUCACACUAUGCCUAGACAUGGGUGAGUGCACAAAGACUAACAUGAGAUGUUCCCCUACAGUGAUAUAUGUACAUUUCUGAGAACAUGCGUUAACAUGAACAAUAAAGUACUGAUGUAAGUGCUC